CACAGAUCCAGCCUCUCCACGCCGCUGUCUUUCCAUCAGAUUUUCUCCUUCUCUUUCUUUCACACUGGAAUGAAUGUGACGGCUGCCUCUCAUCACUGGCUGUUACUGCGAGGAGAAGAAGGGAUCCUCCUGGUCUGAGAGGACCUCUCUCAAACACAAAGCCAGGAUAACUAGCGGCUCACCAGAGUUCAGGAAAACCCACCAACCUACCGGGGGACACCAUGGAAGCCCCUCUUGUGUGUUUGGAUGAAGAGUUUGAAGACCUCCGGCCCUGCCGGUUGGAAGAGCAGGACCAUUUAGGUCUGAACCACUCCUCCUACUCCACCACCACCGUCCCGCUGGCGUCCAUCACCCGCGAGGACUUUUCUGAGCUGGAGAACUUCUCUGAGAUGAUGAGCUUCAAGUCAAUGGAGGACCUGGUCAAUGAGUUUGAUGAGAAACUCAACGUCUGCUUCCACAACUACAACACAAAAACCGAAGGCUUGGCGCCGAUUCGUAACCAGUCCCACAACCAGGAGGAUGAGGAACGGCUGCAGGAUGAAGACGUGUGGGACGCUCUAACUGACAACUACAUCUCCAGCUGGGACGGCCCAAACUCAGAGGGGCUGAACGGAAACCUCUCUGACCACGAGAUCCAUGAAAAAGAGGAGGAGGAAAUGAAUGAGAAGAACGAGAACGCCAACUGCUUGAAUGAGGAGCCUCUGAUUACUGCAGAUCAGGUAAUCGAGGAAAUCGUUGAGAUGAUGGAGAACUCUCCAGAUCCUGGUGAAACGGAGGAGGAGGAUGAGGAGGAGAGCAGCCUCUGCUCCUCCAGGACCAACCCCUCCCUGCUGGAGGAGAUCAGGCAGCUGUCUCUGGCCUCCAACAGCAACUGCUCCUAUGAAGGCCUCAGCUGCAUGCCGAGCUCCGCUCUUGUUGAACUGCUGCACCGCGUGGAAGCCGCCAUCCGCGAGUUCUCCGAGGAGCUGGUCAACCAGCUGGCUCGGCGGGAUGAGCUGGAGUUUGAGAAGGAGGUGAAGAAUACGUUCAUCACGGCUCUGAUGGAGGUGCAGAACCGGCAGAAGGAGCAGCGGGACAACAGCAAACGCAAACGCCGUGACAAGGCCCUGAGUCUGCAGGGGGGGGCGGUGUCCUCCAACGGGGGGAACACCGGCACCAUGCCGGCCAAGCGGUUCAGCAUGGAGGGCCUUUCCAACAUCCUGCAGACGGGCAUCAGACAGACGUUUGGAAGCACAGGAAAUGAGAAGCAGUAUCUGAACACCGUGAUUCCGUAUGAGAAGAAGACCACCCCUCCAUCUGUGGACGACCUCCAGAUGCUCACAAAGAUUCUCUACGCCAUGAAGGAGGACAGUGAGAAGGUACCGACUCUCCUCACUGACUACAUACUGAAAGUCCUCUGUCCCACCUAAGGAACCAUCCAUCCAGGCACCAUGGUGUGACCCGGAAAUCAGCCCCAGAACCUUCCUCCCGUCUGGCCCAGUCUGCAUGAGCUCCCCUCGUUUUCAGCCAUGGAUCGCCACCAUCCUCAUUAUCGCCUCCAUCUAAACUACAACUACUGCCUCCUGCUGAGCUCACCUCCUCCUUUCCUGCACAUUGUUUUCCGGCCGGACACCAAGAUGGCCGCCGCCUGGCUAGCAGCUGGGAUGGCCUAAUCCCACUUUUACAGGACUUCACUAACGGAGCAUGACGUUCUGGUUAACGAUCACAAAGAUCACUUUGGUGCAGGGAUCCAGCUCCAGAUUUCACUUGUCUUAACUUCAUAUCUAGUAUUUUAUUUAUUAUGUGUUGAUAGUUUUUCACUGACUUCAUUAACAAGCAAUGAUUGUUCUGUUGGCCACAGAUCUUCUGUCAUCCGUAUGAAACUCAGUGUAAAAGUGAUUCAUAAGAAUCUGAAAGCCAUGCACCUCCUUCUGCCAGCUCAGUACUGUAGGAUGAGAAGAACACACUACUAUUACGGGUGCAGUGCAUUACUAGGCUUCUGUCUCAAUGAAUAUCCAGUGCUCUUCAAACCUUUUUUUAUUGUAUUUAUUUCAUUUAUUUUGAAAUAUUAAUAUAUCUAUUCUGUUGUACAUGUUUUUCUUUUGUUCACUGUAACAUCAGAGCGUGUUGUUUCCGCUCUCCACAGGGACGAGUAAAUCUGUGAUUCUUUUUUUAUUUUGUUGACUGAAGAAAACAAUUUUAAUAACACUGUAUGGAUUUACAUAUUGGCCUAUUUCUUACUUCUAUUGCCCCCAUGUAGAUGAAUGUUACAUUGCUUAAUUGCUAAUUCUAAUAAACUUCUACCCUUAA